AUGGCUCUGCCGCGGCCAGGUGAGGCCGCGCCGCAGGACAAGGUGUGCUACCUGCCCGAGAGCGGCUCCCAGAUGCUGGCUGCCUACUACACGCAUUUCGCGACCUAUGGCCACUACGGAAGCACUGUAACAACCACCAAGGAAGACGAUUUCCAACCCUUCCGGCAACUGGACGCCGCGGUGUCAGCUGCCCCGGCCAUGCCCCCCUUCGCCUUCCGGAUGGCACCUCCCAUGCUGAACCCCGGUCUGGCUCUGCAGAGGGAGCCGCUCUACGACCUGCCCUGGUACGGCAAGCCACCACCGUAUUACCCGUUUCCCCACCUCCCCACGGAGUUUCCGCACUUUGCGAACAGCAGCCGCGAGUACGUGGGUGCUAGCAGAGAAGAUCUGGGUCCCGCUGGUGGCCGCAGCGACAGUGGCCAGUGGUGCGGACCUGAAACUUUAAUUUCACCGGCUCCUGUGGAUGCUCCAGGGUUACCUGAGGGGCUGAAGACUUCCCAGUUAUUACCUUGCUCACCCAGCAAGCGGUCUGAGGAUCAUCCCAAAUCCUCCACCCAAGAGGGAAAGUCGCCUGGUCGUUUUCACUUCACCGAGGAGGACCUGCACUUGGUUCUGUAUGGGGUCACGCCCAGCCUGGAUCGCCCAGCCAGCCUGCACCACGCGAUUUCCGGCCUCCUGGUCCCCACGGACAGCUCUGGGUCUGAUUCUCUUCCUCACAAUCUGGAUAAAGACUCCCUUCAACUUCCAGAAGGUCUCUGCCUCAUGAAGACAAUGUUUGGUGAAGUGCCACACUUUGGUGUGUUCUGCAGUAGUUUUAUUGCCAAAGGAAUGAGGUUUGGGCCCUUUCAAGGUAGAGUAGUCAACGCCAGUGAAGUCAAGACCUAUGGAGACAAUUCUCUGAUGUGGGAAAUCUUUGCAGAUGGUCAUUUGAGCCACUUUAUAGAUGGAAAAGGAGGUACGGGGAAUUGGAUGUCCUAUGUCAACUGUGCCCGCUUCCCCAAGGAGCAGAACCUAGUUGCUGUGCAGUGUCAAGGGCAUAUAUUUUAUGAGAGCUGCAAAGAGAUCCACCAGAACCAAGAGCUCCUUGUGUGGUAUGGAGACUGCUAUGAGAAAUUUCUGGAUAUUCCCGUGAGCCUUCAAGUCACAGAGCCCAGGAAGCAGCCACUUGGGUCCUCUGAAGAGUCUGCAAAAGGCUUUUGGUGUGAAAGAUGUGGGAAAGUGUUCACCUACGAAUACUACAGGGACAAGCACCUCAAGUACACCCCCUGUGUGGACAAGGGUGAUAGGAAAUUUCCCUGUUCUCUCUGCACACGAUCCUUUGAGAAGCGGGACCGGCUCCGGAUCCACAUCCUUCAUGUCCACGAGAAGCACAGGCCUCACAAGUGUUCUACAUGUGGGAAAUGUUUCUCCCAGUCUUCAAGUCUGAACAAACACAUGAGAGUCCACUCUGGAGACAGACCGUACCAGUGUGUGUAUUGUACCAAGAAAUUUACUGCCUCCAGCAUACUCCGCACACAUAUUAGGCAGCACUCCGGGGAGAAGCCCUUCAAAUGCAAGCACUGUGGGAAAUCUUUUGCCUCCCACGCUGCCCACGACAGCCAUGUCCGGCGUUCCCACAAGGAGGACGAGGGCAGCUCUUGUGGCAUCUGUGGGAAAACCUUCCCGGAUCAAGAAACGCUCUACUCCCACAGGAAGCUUCAUGGAGACUGCUAG